CGGGGCCAAGAACUGGGCCGUCCGGGGGCGGGGUGUCUCGGAGGCGGUGCCGGGGCCCCUGUGUUUGUUGCACCGUGUCAGUUACAUUGUAACAAAAGUGGUGCAGCCGCUCUUAGGGCCAGCACUUUAGGCCCGCUCGCCACCAGCUGUCUCCGACAUGGAACCUGUGGCCAGCAAUAUCCAGGUCCUGCUGCAGGCGGCCGAGUUCCUAGAGCGCCGCGAGAGAGAAGCUGAGCAUGGCUACGCGUCCCUGUGCCCGCACCGCAGUCCGGGCCCAGUCAACAAGAGGAGGAAGCGAUCCCCCCAAGCUUCUGGCACGCUGGACAGUGGGCGGUCUGUGCACAACGAGCUGGAGAAGCGCAGGAGGGCCCAGUUGAAGAGGUGCCUGGAAGAGCUAAAACAGCAGAUGCCCCUCGGGGCUGACUGUGCCCGGUACACCACACUGAGCCUUCUGCGCUGGGCCAGGAUGCAUAUCCAGAAGCUUGAGGAGCAGGAGCAGCAGGCGCGGCGGCUCAAGGAGAAGCUGCGCAGUAAGCAGCAGAGCCUGCAGCAGCAGCUGGAGCAGCUCCGGGGGCUGGCAGGGCCAGGUGAGAGGGAGCGGCCGCGGGCAGACAGCCUGGACUCUUCAGGCCUCUCGUCGGAGCGUUCGGACUCAGACCAAGAGGAGGCAGAGGUGGACGUGGAGAGCCUGGUGUUCGGGGGCGAGGCUGAGCUGCUGCGGGGCUUCGGCGCAGGCCAGGAGCACAGCUACUCACACAGCAGAACCACCUGGCUAUGACCUUCACCGCCCCAAAGUGGGCCUCUACCCUCAGACUACUCUCCGCUCUGCCGGCAGGAGUCCUCCCCAAAGCCUCAGGGGCUGCUCGGAGUCACCUCCUGUUGCAAUGGACUAAAAGGACCCUUGUGUGGGAAUAGGUGCCUGCCCCCAACCUUGCUGCCGGCUGUCCCUCCUGGGGGAGGGGUGCCUGGGUUUCCCCUGAGCCCCAUGGGGCAGGCAGCUUAGGCCUGGGCCACUCUUCCAGGCCUUUUUUUUGUAGCAUUUGGCUCUGCUGUCCCCAAGGGGGCAGGAAGCCUCUUGGGCCCUCACAUUCCUUCCUAGACAAGGCUCUCUGGCCUUUGUCCCAGAUACUGUACAGUAUUUUCAUUAAAAGCCUCUUUACUAA